AUUGGGUUUAUUUAUGAUUUCAAAAUAAUUUCUUGGCAGGCUGUGCUGCUCUGCUCCUGCGUCUUAGCUUUUGCUUUGAACUACAGCAUAUUUUUGAACACAACUCUGAAUUCUGCUGUGACACAAACUAUCUGCGGUAAUCUAAAGGAUCUGCUUACUAUUGGACUGGGCUGGGUAUUGUUUGGAGGUCUCCCUUUUGAUUUGCUUAAUGUGAUAGGCCAAGCUCUUGGUUUUGUGGGCUCUGGUCUGUAUGCUUACCUCAAAAUCAAAGGGAAGUAGCUUUAUUUUUGACGUAGAAACUAAGCUCAAAAAAGUAUUUCCAAAUGCAUUUCUUGUAGUUCUGAUUCUAUCAAUAUAUUUUGAAGAGUUGCUGCGAGAAGAUUGUUGUGCAAAUAUUUUAGGGCAUUUACAGGAGAAAAAUUUGCGUACGUGAGACGUCCGCAGAGCUGCGUAUGUCAUAGGUUAUUUAGAGGGUAUUGGAAGGUUAUAGGUAGGUUGCACCUCAUGUAACAUCCCAAUACCCUCUGAAUAACCUUCGACGUACGCAGCUCUGUGCACGUCUUACGUACGUAAAUUUUUCUCCAUUUACAGACAUGCCAC